AUGUUUUACGUGAGGGGUGUUGUGCCAAAUGAGGCCACUCUUGUUGAGGUGGAGACCAGAGCGCAGAGUUUGCGAAGCCGUACGGCAUUCGCGUUCAUCAAUGCAUCCGUACAUACGAUUUACGUGUGGAUCGGAUGUAAAUGUCUGGACCAGACCAGAGAAGUGAUGCAAAAAGCCAUUGAAAAUCUCAUUAAUCAUAAAUCGUGUGAAUUGAGUCUCAAAGCGGAUGUCAAUUAUGUGACCAAAGAGUUCGCUGAGGGAAGUGAAGGCAAAGAGUUUUGGGAUGUAUUUGGAAGCCACGGGUUGCCAACAAAACGUCUGUACUAUUCUUCGGUCGACAGUCCGCUGACCUUCGACUACACGCCGCGACUCUUUCAUAUGACCUCAUCGUCGGGCGAAUUCACGGCCAAAGAGAUACUCUGUUCGUAUCGAAGCGGACAUAACGUCACUCCAUAUCCAUUCACUCAGGAGGACGUGUAUAGCGCACAACAGCCGACCUUUUUCUUACUCGAUAAUCACAACCAAAUAUUUUUAUGGGAAUCAAAGUAUGGUUUCGGUAAAGACGUUACCGAAGAUACUGAGGCCAACGCCGCCACCGGUUCGCAGAAUAUCCGCUGGAAUGCUGAGCGCAAGUGUGCGCUCGACUCCGCACUCGCCUAUUGUUUCGCCAAAAACAGCGCAGAGCCGCCAAACGGGUUUGUGGUCUGUGCGGGACUCGAACCCGACUCCUUCUGCGGACUAUUCCCGCAGUGGAUGUAUAGGGAAGAUGUGGCAGACCUUCACAAACAGGACGGCCGCAAACCGGGAGAAAUGUUAGCCAUUCAGGAGGUAUUGUCUCAAUACAGGUCGCAAUACAGUCUUGAAGAGUUGCGCCGAAGACCACUUCCGGAAGGGCUGAACGCUCUGUGUCUCGAGUCUUACUUAGGAGUCGAAGAAUUUCAAGAAGCACUGGGAAUGUCAAGAGAGGACUUCUAUUGUCUGCCGGUUUGGAGACAAACACAUCUCAAACAAAAAGCAAAUCUCUUCUAACCAUCGAUUGAUAACACGAUUGUUAAUAUUGUAUUCAAUGAAAAGUUGCAUUUCCUGUGCAUUCCUAAUGUCUUUAAUGUUUUCUAAACGCAUAAAUCAAACGCAAAAAUAUAUAUAAUUGUGUAAAAAACACGCAAAACAUAUGAAACGAAUUGAAAGUUAAGUUAAGCUGUGAUUCGCAAAAACCUUUAAGAAACAAAAUCUCUGCCUUUUAUUGUAUAAAAAUAUAAUAUAAAUUGUAUUUUUGAAUUAACGCUCAAAUAUUUAAUAAUUAAUAAGUGGUUUAAUUUGAAAGU